CUUGUAGCUGCGCGUGAAAGUCAUCCAACGUUGCGGUGCUGUGUGCUAUCGGCGUGUUUGGCAGGAAUUUCUCGGUCAGGCUGUUAUGGCGCUUAGAAGAUGCUGGAGGUUGGCAAGAUUUCUCCCGAGACUCCCCGUCCCGCUAGUGUCAUCAUCCUAUAUCGGACGGGUAACUGUGUCCAGCUUUGGUAACACUUACAGCGGCUACAAAAAAAGUGAGUUUCAGCGCAUGAGGUUCAGCUCUGAAGCCCGAAACACAGACGUAGAUUACGAGCAGCUGAAGCGGCUCCUGGCUGAGGGGAAAACAGCGGUGGUAGAUGUCCGAGAGCCAUGGGAGCUCAGGGAGUAUGGAUUCAUCCCUGGGUCAGUGAACGUCCCAUUGGGACAGGUGAGCUCUGCCCUCCAGCUUGCUCCUGAGGAGUUCAGAGAAAAAUAUGACGGGGAAAUGCCGAGACAAACGGAUAAUGUUGUCUUUGUGUGUCUGGCUGGGGUCAGAAGCAAGACUGCACUCAACACAGCCGCCUCCCUGGGAUAUAGAGAGUAAGAAGCCCUCAGAUUAUUAAUUUAAAA